AUGGAAGGAGCCAACCUCACCCGGGUCUCCGAGUUCCUGCUCCUGGGCCUCUCGGAGGACCCCAGGCAGCGGCGGCUCCUGUUCGUCGCCUUCCUGUCCAUGUACCUGGUCACGGGGCUGGGGAACCUGCUCAUCAUCCUGGCCAUCGUCGCCGACCCCCGGCUGCACACGCCCAUGUACUUCUUCCUGGCCAACCUGGCCUCCGUGGACGUCUGCUUCACCUCCACCACCGUCCCCAAGAUGCUGGCCAACCACGCGUCAGGACGCAGGGGGAUCCCCUACUCCGGCUGCCUGACCCAGAUGUUCUUCUUCAUCUGGUUCGCCGGCAUCGACAGCUUCCUGCUGACCGCCAUGGCCUAUGACCGCUACGCGGCCAUCUGUCACCCUCUGCAUUACGCCACGACCGUCACGCCCCGGCUCUGCGGCCUCCUGGUGGCCAUGUCUUGGACAGCCGCCUUCGGGAACGCCCUGACCCACACUGUCCUCCUGACCCGCCUCUCUUUCUGCACCCACAACCAGGUCCCCCAUUUCUUCUGCGACCUCAGCCCCCUGCUGAAGCUGGCCUGUUCGGACACCUUCCUCAACAAGGUGCUGGUGGACACGGUGGGCGCCCUGCCCAUCAUCGUGCCCUUUGUGGGCAUCCUGGUCUCCUACACGCGCAUCGCUGCGGCCGUGCUGAGGGUCCCGUCCGCGGGCGGAAAACGCAAGGCUUUCUCCACCUGUGGCUCGCAUCUGUCUGUGGUGUCCCUGUUCUAUGGGACACUCAUUGGGGUUUACUUCAGCCCCAUGUCCUCCCACACGGCCCAGAAGGACACGGCCGCUGCAGUGAUGUACACGGUGGUCACCCCCAUGCUGAACCCCUUCAUCUACAGCCUGCGCAACAGCGACAUGAAGGGAGCCCUGGGGGCCCUCAUCAGCAGGAAGCCGGGUUUUCUUAAAUGACUGGAAGGUUGGGAGGUCCAGGAGCCACAUAUGAUGCCCCCUGUCCUAAACCUCCCAAUCUUAAAUGUUGCCUUCGCAUUGCUUUCUAUUAUUAUUAUUUUUUUCAUUCUUCCAACACCUGUUUUUGGAGCAUCUAUUCUGCUCUAGAUGCUCUGUCAUGGGAUGAGGACGCAGGAGAAAUGAACAAAUCCCUGACCCUGGAGUCUACUCCAGCCUGGAGAACACACGGGGUUUUAAAUGAACCCGGAAACCAGAGAGGCCAGGAUUCAAGUCCUGCUCUGGAUUCUGUUUCUUGAAAAACCUGAACAGAACUCUGGUCCCGCUGCUUCUGGUUCACCCACUGUCGGGAAUACAGCGGGUGCUCUGUUGAGAGCCACAGCCCAAGGGGCCCCAGCAAACUUCCAGCUGCCAGCUGAUUGGCUCCUCUGCGGUGAUGCUCAUUGGGCUGUUUCCCCCGCCCUUUCAGACCACGGAGCUGCUCAUUGGGGGACUUUUUUGGCUCCGCCCACUUGACCCAGCCAAUCGGCCUCAAGAGGAGGAGGAGUGGGGGAGGUUGAGAGGCUUGUGGGAAGCAGGUGGUGG